AUGAAUAAACUCGUUAUCGCUUUGCAGGUCCGCAAGAGAAUUGUUCAUCCGAAAUUUCGAUAUAGAGCCACCCAGCCCGACAGAUUCGAUUUGGCAUUAUUGGAAAUGGUGACGAAGGCAGGCCGUGUUUUCCAUAUUUCUCCGAUAUGUCUUCCGGAUGCUCAUCUCAAACUGAGUGGGCGAAACGCAGUGGUUGCCGGAUGGGGAAAGAUUCAGCCCUCGAACGAGCUUAUGGGGACGAACGUUUUGAGGAGUGCCACUGUUCCUAUUCUGGACAUCAGAGAAUGUAUGGCCUGGCACAAAAUCAAACGCAUUACUGUUGACCUCCACCAUGAAAUGCUGUGCGCCGGCCACGAAAAUGGCAAACACGACGCUUGCCUGGGAGACUCGGGAGGUCCUCUGAUACUCCUGGAUCAAGGAAAGUGGACUUUGGUGGGGAUUACAAGUGCCGGCUUCGGAUGCGGAGAGCCACACCAGCCCGGGAUUUACCACAAGGUCCCCGUUACAGCGCAAUGGAUCAAGAGUGUUAUAAACAAAUGAAAGUUCGAAU